AUGGGAUCCAUCGGAGUCCCGUUUUCCAAUGGGCAGACGCCAGCGACAGAAACCAGGGAAUUUCUGGAGAACCGUAUACAUCUACCGCAAGUCUCACCAUAUCAACCACUCAGACCUCUUCCAUUGAGGCACUUGAAUUAUGAGAUCCAGCGGCCUCUUCCGGGUUCAGCUCCGCUGAGGAACCCCGUCGACCAUCAUCCCAGAUACCUGAUGCCGCGCUGUCCUCUAACAAUCGGAACUGAGCUUCUAAACAACAGCUCUUCACCAACGGUCGAGUCACAAAACAGCGGCAGUGGCUCGGAUACCAUUUUAUCUCUACCAACACCACCGGUCGGAUCAUUCCCUUUCUCCCAGGUCCAGCCACCUCGUCCUUCUACAGAUCACGGAUAUUGUGCGAGUCCCACCAGCACGAUUGACCAAACGCCCCGCACAUCAGUCGCGACCGAGUAUCUAUUCAGGCAGUCUACCGCCUCAUCGUCCAUCAUCCGCCUCUCCGAUAUCUCACCAUUCCCGCCGCCAUGGUACCCGCCGCCAUCUCAAGAUCCCCCACUUCCCCAGGAUGAUCCGCGCCUUCGAGCCGCAGGUCUUGUAUCACCCCUCAAAACUUCCCACAGUCCCGAACACAGUGAACAACGAAUCUCCGUUGUCCCACGAAAUCCCUUCAAUCCUCGCUGGACUCGGGUUUCCCUUGCCUCAAGCCAAGCUAUCCCGUCAAACUGGGGCUAUGACUUCCAACAGCAUAACGAGUUGUUCAAAGACACCAACGUCGAGAAGGGAGACAAGCCAAUGAUAUUUGCCAUAUCUAAGCCCCAUCCUGCCUCGAUGGCCUCGACUUUGGACAGUCCGACACUGCCCCUUGAAAACCUGAUGUUCAAACGGAACGCGACCGCUUCCCCAGCAAUCCCCUACCUGCAAGACGCCCCCAGGGCAGACAUUAUUUCCCACACGUUGAGCGAAUUCGACCAGGAAGCGAGAAUCAAGAAGCUUUCCGUCCUCCAGCAGCACACUACCCAGCAGGACGAUGAGACUGUGAUUGCUGAGUCUUUGGUCGAGGAGACCGAGGCCCUGCCCAAGCGUAUGCCGACUAUGCGUGAGAUGAGACUUAGUGUCCACAAGCCUGCCCAGUUUGAUGCGGUAGCCGUGUAUGAUACGGAUGCCCGUAGCACCACUCCCUUGAGCCUGAUCGGUCUGAUCCGAAGUGCCACUGACAUGGCUUCAAUCUUGGACCAUGGCAAUGUUGCCAGUCAGACUGAUUUUAGUGACAAGAGCAGUAAGGCCGAUUUCCGCGCCGCAAGCAAAUACCGUCGUGACUCUAGCUCCUUUUCCGAUUUACUGGCUGAAUUUCCGCCGCCUGGCUUGGCAGCCUCCAAGGUCCGUGAUUUCUUGCCUGUUUCUCUUUGGCGCUCCAAACUACGCAAUGUGAACUCGAAUGGACCAAACGAGCAUCAAGGCUCGGGUGCUACUCCCCCCAAGCGAGGUCUCAGAGGGAUGUCUCGGAAGCAGCUCAUAAUGAUCUGCAUAUUGGCUUUGAGUACUGUUCUCCUUGCAGUCCUACUGCCUGUUCUUCUGGUCCUCCGCUCUAAGGACACCAGCGCUACAUCCUGCGGGAAAACUACGCCCUGCCAGAACGGAGGAGCUAGCGUGUCUAGUACUACUGGAUGUUCAUGUGUGUGUGUCAAUGGCUAUACUGGCUAUCAGUGCACCACCAUUGGUGACAGUAGCUGUGUGACGUCCGAUGUCACAUUGUCGAAGCAUGCGACGAUGGGUAGCUCGCUCCCCAAUGUCUUUAGCCAUUCGCAGGUGAGGUUCGGCAUACACCUCGAUCAGGUUGCCAUCAUGGCUCUGUUCAGCACGAACAAUGUCUCAUGCAAAACCGAGAAUAAGCUUGUUUCUCUCGCUGGGGUAGAGAUUAGCAGCGACACCAAGAACGCUCGCCGAUCCAUUGGGCUACCUAUCGACGAAGACAAAGUAGAGAUUAACACUGCUUCUAAUCCAGCGACCGGGUCUCCUACGGUCGCGCCUCGGUCCUGGGCCACCAAAAAUGGCAUCUUAUACGACAAUUCGACUACCAACACGACCGCAGCCGAAGCCUCCACGGACGCCGGGUCCAAGAACAUCACCACUGUCCCAUCUCAAGUCGUGGAGUUCUCUCGAGUAGCUGUACUCUUCAUCCUAGAGCAGACUGGGUCUUUUGAAUCCGCCGUCAAUACGAAGGAAAACAUCCAGUUAUACCUGGUGGAAUACUACAACAGCUCGAUCCACCCUUCGCUGCAGGUCCUGGAUAGCUAUGACUUGGACUAUCAGCAGAAUACAAUCACACUACCCAACGGUACGAGAAUCGGAGGCUAA